AUGGAUGUGGCUUGUUCGUCAGAGGUCCGUCUACCUCAUGUCGACUGUCGAGUAAUUAUUAAACCUGGUUCCGAGCAAAGAUAUUGGCUAUAUUACUGUGGUGUCUCGAAUCAGUCAAGAAGAAAUGGCGUAGAGAUUGUCAUAUCUGAAAAGACUCGUUCCGUUCUGAUUCGAAGCCAUGUAUAUGCCCCAACUUUAUGUGCAGAUGACCGUCAUAAGGAUAAGUUUUAUGUUGAACUUCAACUGUUAACAUCUCUACUGAGAGGUAACAUGGUCAUAAUCGAGGGAGACUGGAAUGCACGCGUAGGACACGAUAUCAUUACAAGGAAUUCGAUAACCAAUAUUGCAAUCAGAUUGACUAUAUAUCAGUCAGUCACCGCUGGAAGAAUUCUUGAUAAUCGUUCUUAUUGGGGCGCUAAAACUGGUAACCGCCGUGGAUCAGAUCAUGCUUCGAGUCAAGAUUUGUAUAAAACUGACAAGUCGUAA